CAAGGGGGAUAUAAGGCGGGCAGAGCCGGGCUGGGGAGGGGGGUGGGCAGGAGGUAGAGGCGAUCCUGACACGGGCAGACUGCGAUGAAACCCCAGUUUGUUGGGAUCUUUCUCAGCUCCCUGCUAGGAGCUGCCUUGGGAAACCGAAUGCGGUGCUACAACUGUGGUGGAAGCUCCAGCAGUUCUUGCAAAGAGGCCGUGACCACCUGUGGCGAGGGCAGACCCCAGCCAGGCCUGGAACAGAUCAAGCUACCUGGAAACCCCCCAGUGACCUUGAUUCGCCAACAUCCAGCCUGCAUCGCAGCCCAUCAUUGCAAUCAACUGGAGACAGAGUCAGUGGGAGACGUGACUUAUCCAGCCCACAGGGACUGCUACCUGGGAGACCUGUGCAACAGCGCCGUGGCAAGCCAUGUGGCCCCUGCAUGCAUUUUGGCUGCAGCAGCCACCGCCCUGACCUGUCUAUUGCCAGGACUGUGGAGCGGGUAGUGGGAGUAGGAGUAGAGAAGGGAACAAGGGAGCAAGGGAACAAGGGACAUCUGAACAUCUAAUGUGAGAAGACAAACAUCCUUCUGUGAGUCAUUAAAAUCUAUGAACCACUCUA